GUUCUAAGAAAUGACAAUAAAUAAUAGGUCCAGUGUUGAAAAAAAUUAAUGUGUUUAUUUGUAUUCGUAAUUAGCAAACGUUCAAAUUAGCACAGCUUAUAAAUUUAAUUGACUAUAAAAAUAUUCCAGACUACUGUAAAUUUGUUGAUUAAUAGACAAAUAAAUUACUUGCAUUGUCAUAGAAAUGGCUACAUUUGGUUUAAUUGCAAAGGCUGUGGAAAAUUUAAGAAGUUUACAACUUAAUGAACAAUUGACACCUGACCAUGACACGAAGAAAAAAGAAAAAAUAUCCAAUUGCCUGGUUUUAACAAGUGGAGUUUCAUUAUCAACUGUGAAAACUGCACCUCAAGUAUUAAAUCUUUCUAUUGAAACUCUUUUGUGUUUGUGUGAUGAUAGUGAUUCAGAUGUGAGAACUGUUGCAGAUGAGUGCCUAAAUAAAAUAAUCAGAGCUGUAUCUGACAGUUAUGUAUUGAAAGUACAAUUUGAGUUGUACCGUGAAAUCAAAAGGAAUGGAGCAGCUCGUUGUUUAAAAGCAGCAUUAUGGAGAUUUGGACUGCUUAGCCAUAUGAUCAGGCCUGUUAAAGCUAAAGUGUUUGCUUCUCAAUUGACUCCAUGCAUUUUAGAAAUAGCUAAACGUAAAGAAGACAUACUUAUAGAAACUCUUUCACAAUCAUUACCAUUAAUACUGAAAACAUUAGGCCACUAUAUUCCUGAUAAAGAUAUACAAAUAUUAUUGAAAGCUUUCUUUCAAAAUGUUACAUCAAAUGAAGCUGUUUUAAGAAGAGCAUCAGCAAAUAUGAUUUUAACAACUUGUUUAAGCUCCCGCAGACCCUAUUUCUUUAUAAAUUUUGUAAUAGAACAAUUACUAGAUAUGUUGUCUCGAUUUGUUGAUGAAGAAACCGAUGAAAAUGAAGGAAAAAAUGAUCAUGUAAAUACAGUGUUUGGUGUUUUUGCAUGUUUGAGAUUAUUAUUACCUAGUAUUGAUGCUAAUUCAGAUUUUUAUCAAGAUUUUAAUGAAGAUCAUAUACUUAAUCAUUACAUUUGUAUAUAUGAACUUUGUUUAUUCUAUGCCAAAUUCUAUACAAAUCAUAAUGUGAUAAAUGCAGCUCUGGAGACUCUAAUUCAGCUGCUACAAAAUCCACCUAAAAAUGUUAUAGCAUCUCUGCUUUCAAAGGAGGGCAUAACACAGCGUGUAAAUAAAUUGAAGGAGAGAGGAAAAAAAUGGCCAAGUAGAAUAAGUCUGUCAAACACUGUUGCGUCCGAGGAUAAUUUGGAAUCUUCGAGUAGUCUUCUUGAAUCUGAUAUAAUGGACAUUCCAGAGAUAGCUCCUAAAGUAGAGAAAUGGAUGACUGAUAUUCCAGAUGUGGUGCCAGUAACACAUAAAAUAUCAAGUAGAGUAGAUCAGAAUCAGACUCUUGAAUCAGAUUCUAGUCAAAUUAUCGAUACCAAAGAUUUGGAAGAUUACAGCGGUCUUAUAAUCGGAUCUAUCGAAAACGAAGAUAUCGAGGUAGAAAGUAAUGCAAGUAGCGACGUUGAUAGAUUCGAAAAACCAAUAGACACGAGCUUAUCUCUAUAUCUAGAUCUAAAAAAAGAGGAACUCGACGAGACCACAAUGUCUGUAAUGUCAACACACGAAUUCUCGUUAGAUCAAUUCAUGAUGCAACGUGAUUUGGCUAUCGGUGGUUUCACUGACAAUGCCCCUGUACUUCGAUAUUGCAGUCGUCUUUUAGUUUCUUCAUUUCUACUCACAGGCACUCCAAACCAACUUAUUUCCGAUAAAUUAUGUCGUGUGAGUGUAAAGUCCUUGGCGCUGACAUGUUUGGGUAAUAUUUUAAAGUUUCAUCCGGAUAUUUUUUUGGAGACUCUGUCGAAUUCGCCAAGUAAAAACGAAGAAAUUCAAAUGAUUUCUGACAUCUUAUUAUUUGCUGACCACUCGGAUCCACAAAUCAGGGGAAAUUUGUCGAUGAUGAUUGGUUAUUUUUUGCAAGGCAUGCUAGUGUGCAAUAAAAGGUAUUUUGAAGAAGAUAAUGAAAAACAUUGCGUUACGAUGGGGAAUCUCAUUAAAUUAAUAUUAAAGGGUCUUGAAGACGAAUCUGCAACUACCUGCCGUCAGACUCUAACAUCCCUUGGUGUAUUUUUACCAAGUCUCUUGGAAUCUAACAAAAGCGAGUACGCAAUUGUUAUUUUAAACGUGCUACCGUGUCUCGUACAGAAUCCGUAUUUUCUUGUCAAAAUUAAGUUAACAGAAAUUCUUAGUGAUCUACCUUACACAACGAUAGAAUAUGUGACUGGCGAUAUCAAAUUUCAAGAAAGUAUUAUUAAUGUUUUAUUGAGGUUGCUUAGCGAUCAAGAUCAACGGGUGCGAAAAGCAGCUGGUACUGCUAUUGUGAAAAUAAUCCCAUCGUUAUACUAUGAGAGCCCCUAUGAGGAUUCGGUAACCCGCAAAGCAAGUUACUACGCAGACUAUCAUUUAGCUGCGAUGCUCGAGUCUCCAACAACGUCGACCUAUACCGAGCACAAGUUGUUAAUUAGUAGCUUAACAAAACCAUAUGAUGCUUUGUUUCAACCACCAAAACGUAAUUCUCAUGAAGAGGCGUUGUCAAGAAUACUGGGUUUGCUAGCUGACAGAUUACUUGUGUUUUCGUCAAAGUACUUAGCUUAUGGCUGUUGUGAGACGUUGAGUUUAUUAAGCGAGACUUACGCGACGAGUGUUUAUGCCAAAGCUUGGGAUUAUGUGGUACUAGCUGGCAAGCGAGAUGUUAGAAAAACGACGAAAAAAGUAUCAAGAAGCGAGGCUGCAGAUAUUUGUCCUAGAUUCACCAACGAAAUUUUAUCUUCAAUAUCCAAUAGUCUAUUUUCACAAUCGAUAAUUAUGCUUACAUCAUCGCAGCUUAGUCAUGAUCUCUCUAUGCAUCGACAUUUACUACUUUUGGCUGGUAAUUUAGCGUCAGGGAUUGCUUGCAGUCACGCUCGACCGAAAGAGAAUUCUCAAUAUAACAAGAAUGAAGCUGAAUCUGCGAGUGACUUUAAGUACUGGAUGUUUUUCAAGGACAAGCAAAGUUCAAAAAACAUGGAGCAGCUAUUGAUGCACUUGAUGAGAGUGUUGAAUAUUUUCCAUCAUGUCGUCGAAGAUUUACCUUCACCGAUUCAACCAGUAUCAAAGUCUUCCUUGCCGUCCCUCUCAACAGCUCAAUCACUUUCACCAAAGCGCAAGCUCCUCCCAGACAUAUCCUCUAAAUCAAAAACUUCCAAUCCAGAGAAAUCUUCAGAACAUCACCGACUAUCAUUUCGUUUCCUCGGUAAAGAUCCUUUAGGCUCUAUUACCAACCAUUCACACUAUCUACGCUUGUAUGAGUUACUGAAAGCAGCUCACUCGAAUUAUCAAACGACACUCGAUCAAGAAGCAAGUGAAUUAUAUCUCGGUCUUCUCAAUACUGUUCUUCAAGUACUGUCGCAGAUUUUCGAAGUUGCGACGGUCAAUGAAGGGGGCAGAUUAGCCGAGGAGUUGUUGCAUUAUUUGCAGUCGACAGUUUUAUUAUCGAGUACAAUGACUAUUCAGUGUGUUAGGCAGUUGCUCAAGUGCUUGUUCGGAACUAAUUUGAUUGUUAGGUGGCAAGAAAUUUACGAGGUGCAAUGCAAACAAGAAAAAAAAGAGGCUGCAGUAGACGAGGGAAAUGUUGAGGUGGAGAAGGGAUUUUAUGAACAAUGCUUCCAGAGGCCAGCUAAGCUUAUCAGUGAGAGGAUCAAGAGAAUUGGUAGUAAUUGUAGAGGUGGUAACGACCCUGACUCAAGCCAUAGACCUGUUGCCGCAUUGCAUCGAAAGGAAGAGCAUAACUCUUCAUCGAUUCUCAAGAUUCUUCGACGAAAUUCCGAUCAGAAUUCCGUUAGUUCUUUCAUUCGUCUCUUCGAGCCCCUAGUUAUUAAGUCACUCAUUCAGUAUACGAUUUCGAAUUCGAUCCCCCUGCAAUGCCAAGUAUUAAUGCUAUUAAGUCAACUUGUUCAGCUGCAUAUAAACUACUGUCUAAUGGACUCUGACAAGAUCUUCAUUGGUUUCGUGAUGAAGCAAUUCGAAUUUAUUGAAGAAGGACACAUAUCACAAACGGAAAUGUUGCUGCCGAAAAUCUUUGACUUUUUGGUACGAUUAUCGUACGAGAAGUAUCACUCGAAACUCAUAAUUGGCGUGCCUAAGAUUAUACAAUUGUGCGAUGGUUUGAUGGCAAGUGGAAGACCACCAUUAUCACACUGCAUUCCUGCUUUGGUGCCGGUUGUCGAAGAGAUGUUCUUAGCACGAAAUCCGUCGUCGAAUAUUAACGAGGAAAAGGAGCUUGAGACUACGAGGGAGGUAUUGAUAUCUAUGAUGUUGAGAUUGGCUGAAUAUCCACAGAUAAUCGAUCUAAUCGCAAGAUGCUUAACGGAAUCAAGGCUCAGCAACGAUGGCAAUGGCGAAGAGAAAUGGAGAAAGUGGUCGAGACAGACUAUAGACACUGUCCUCCCAUUGCUAUCGUCUCGAAAGCUGAGGCUUGAGUCAAAACAGGCUCACUUUGCCCUCGUCAAAUUAUUAUCAUCAGUUUCGCCAACGGUAUUUCGACCUAUUGAUCCACUUCUGAAAGUAUUAUUUAUGACCCCGCCGAGUGUAGGGAAUAGUUUGCUACCGCAUUAUAUUUUUUUGACGAGCAAAACAAUUUUCGAUUUCAAACGUUGGAUAGGCAUAGUGAACGUCAUGAUACUGUCGAUAAUUUCAUACGCGAAGGAAGAAGUUAUGUUGGCAAGGUUAUCAGACGUAACAGCUUCAAUAAUCGAUUUACCGGAAAUACUCUUGAUACCAGAUUCUAGCCGGCCAAUCAGCGGAGAUCCCUUAAAUGUAUCCGGAAUUUUAGAGUCUUUCACUAUGCCACCUGAGAGGAUAUUUUCGAGAUUUAUAUUCAGAGUUAUUGGAGCUAUGAGCUCGGUGCUUACGGAACUUUAUCAGGGUGCUAAUUCUAAAUUAUUUAAUGAUUCUACGAGUAAUCGUGAUAUCGAGUACCUAAUACAACAGUUUGCUUUACUUUUGCAACUGUGUAUUUACAUGUUUGAAACUGGCAGUCACUGUAAAUUGGCCAACGCAAGUAUGCAGCUUAUACAAGGACACGAUAUUCCUUUAAAUGAAAAGUUACAUUUGAACAUUUUGAAUGAGGCAAUGAUGGAAAUUGGUGCUAACUGUCCAGUACUAACUUGUCAAUGGACUUAUUUGCUGAUGAUUCUUGAAUUUAACGACAUGAGCUUUUGGUCCAGAGCUAUUGGAUCCGCACAGCAAUUGCAUAAGCUACCGCUUCUAUCGUUAAACACCGAAAUCCAACGACGAGCAUCAAUUAUUCUAUUUUGUGAUUACGUUUGCGAGAACGCAACGAGUGAUUCUGCGCGACUUGGCUGGUUACUCAACCACCACGUAAAGACGAUGAUAAGUUUAGCGGAUGAAUCUCCAGUUCGCGAAUUGCUUACCGUAGCUGUGCAUCGAGAUGCAGGAGCCAGUGGUUUGUUUUUACGCGCUGUCGGUGAUAAGUGUUCGUGUAACGGUCGACCGUCUUUCGUUAAAAGACUAUUACAGUGCCUCGAAGGCGCGCAUCAGAGUCAGUCUGGACUAUUACUGUUGACGUUAGUACCGAAAUUGUUGAAAUCCAAGUAUUUGGUGUUGUCAAGGAUGGCUGCUAAGAUUGCUAGUAGAAGAGUUGAAGUGCUGCUUGCACUUGGAAAGAAUGAAGCAUUGAUGCAAAUGACGAGGGAAGCCUUUGAGGGGAUGAUGAAAGAGUUAAGAAAAGAUGGACUGAUUAAAAAACAUGAGGCGUUGGUUGCCUUGUUGAACAAGUUGGCGACCAAUCAUUAUCAAUUGGAACCUUUGCGGUUAGAUUAUUCGAAUUCAUUCGAUCCAAAAGAGAUUAAAGCUAUUACACUUGAUCGUAGUUGGUUUUUAUUGCAGGUAAAAUCACGAUGCUGCCAAUCAUACGUGGGUUACAGUUGCUUUGAAUCAGCAUGGCUUUUGAGCCACUUGAGCUUGAACGAGUGCCUCGACGUCUUCUCGACGAAAGAUUUCAACGUGAAGCUGCUGCGUGAAUGCGUGAUAAUUGGCGCUCGAUUAACUGCACAAGCAGUUCAAGAAGCUGAGCUCAACGACUCUACGGCAACGGAAAGUAUUCUAUACACGGCAACGAAGCAUCACAUAGCCCAACGAGUUUGUGAAAUCCUACAUAAUCUCCGUGUAACUAAUACGACAAACAUUACGCAUCGCCAGCAAACAAAGACCGAAAGUCCGUACUGGAAAAACUUGACUGAUCAGCUCUCGAGCAAUGCAUUUCGUGAAAGACUCUUCUCGCUCGUGCCAUCGGUAACAGCAUACCUGAACUCUCAAGCGAAGCACUUGAAAGUGGUGGAGACCGACCAUGAGGAAACCCUUGCGAACUUUGGCCUGCUGUGCCUCGAGACCGCUCACAACCUUGUUAUCAACGCCAGUGUCAGUCCUCGCGAGCUCGAGCUUGUCCUCAAGUGCGCCAGCGUAAUUUUCAGCGACACGUCGAUAAGUCGAGUAUUUGGUAAUAACAAUACUUGGAUAUGCUCGGCUGCUGCGGCACUUACGGAAAUCAUUCAAUAUUUUGCGGACAAUCGCAAGGACGAUGCGUUAGUGGAAUGCAGUGGAUUAAAGGAGACGAUGGCAGAUGAGAACACGCGAAAGUUCGGUGUUACGUGUCUGAGGAUGGCAAGAUUAGUCUGUUGGCUCGAGACAAGACAAGGAAUGGAAAAGGAAGAUAAUAUUCCCGAGUAUUUCGAAAAGCUGUUGAAGAGUUUGAUUAUUAGCGUAGCUAGGCAUCCGUUGGUCAAUUCAUUCGUGCUCACACCACCCUUGCUAUGGAAGCACGGAUGCAACAUCGUUGGAUCCGGCCCGACAAAAUGCCACUUCACUCUAUUUUUAUCGGAGCCCAAUUACAUUCCCGAAUUGGACGUACUCGAGGAAUUUAUAUAUCGCGUGUCCUUACUCGGUUGGAGUUCGCGACAACAAUUCGAAGAGAUCUGGAUGGUACUGCUAGGCGUGCUGAACGUCUCACAAAUGCAAGGCGAAACGGACUCGGACGUCGCCAAUAAUCUCAGUCAUACUGCAAGUUUGGCGGUUCAAGCUAUUACUCAACUGUUGAUGCAAACCCUUAUUCUUCCUUGUCCCGGUAACCCGAAUAAUGGCACGUCUAUACAUCAUCCUCGUGAUCCUCAGCUGUCGUUGGCUAAAAAGAGUACGAAGAGGUUGCUUUACGUACAGAAUUUGCUGCUGUGGAAAUAUGAAAACAGUGAGAUCGCGACAACGGACUCAGGAAUGCCACAGUUAGAGCACAUUUUUCAACGCGGUAAUCUCGAGCCUCGUACCGUCGAUUCGCACCACCACUGCUACGAACAACUAUCGAUCUCGUAUCUUUGGUCUCAGUGUUCUUUGCACGAGGAUAAACUAAGCUCGUCAACUUUGGCGUUGAAGAAGCGAAGAGACGAAGCUUUAGCUGCAUCGUCUCUCGAUGUCAACUCAUGCGUGAGAUUUUUAUUGGAAUUAUAUGCCUCGUGGUUAAGUCCCGGGAACAAGUUAUCGCUCAGAUUACUUUACGAAAUUGUGCGUUCGUUAUUACUCGUCUCGGAACUGUUUGUCGAAAGAUCACAGUUUCAGUGGAUGCUAGAGUCGUGUAUGGAAUUGUGGAAGAAUCAUCAGGUCGAGGACGAAAUACUGAGGAGACAUUUAAUUGUUUCUAUUUGCAAGACAUCUGCUGUUCUUACUCCUUUGGAUGCGGAAACCAUGGACAAAGUGAAACGUUUAAUCGACGGAAGUUUGAAGUGCGGUUCACUGUCGAUGCGAAUAGCCACGUUGCACGGUAUUUUGUAUUUAUUGCAAAGUGCAGUUUUGGCGAACUGCGAGGAAACCAUGAGCGCCGUACACCCGUUGGUCAUUGAAUAUAUACAACGUCAUAUCGACGUUCAAGAUUCAACGAAAGUGUCGAGUCAAAGCGAAGAGCAUCAAUGUGUCUUAUGGUCUCUUGUGUUUUUUUUACUCGAGCAUGCUGAAGGUUCACCACCGGAUGUCGAGGCUCCCGCAGUAUUAGAGUUGAUAAUGUCACUCGUUUCUUCACAAAAUAUUUCAACUUCGCUUCAUCGUAUGCUACUUCAGGGUUUGGAGCGUUUGGUGGCAACCAAGAGUGUAAUUGGAAAAGUUUCCGAACAAGUGGUUAAGAUCUCAAUCGAGCGUCUUCGACAAACGAAUCCCACGCUGUCCUUGCCUGCAUUGCAGCUUUUCCUCACCUGUAUGUACACCGAUACAGCCGAUAAAUUUAAUCGCCCACCCGACGAUGAAUCUCAGUUGCCUGAUAUCGAACCGGAAAUACUGGUCAGAUCGAUCGAGAGAUCAUCGGCGAUCUUUGAUAAAAUCAAAAAGGGUUAUGCUGUAGAGGUGGAGAUUCUAUGUGCUGUAUUGUCGGAGGUGUUGAUUGAUUUUUUCCCACCGUUAGAGAUUCUUACGAAAGUCAUCGGAGAAUUUUUAUCGCCGCAGCAACCUCAUCCUAGAUUGAUGUCUGCUGUUGUUUUCAAGGUCUGUGAACGAGCGUGCAAUAGCACUCAGCUGGGAUUAUUACAAACUUGGGUAGUUUUCAGCAUUCAAAACUUCAUUCAAAGCUUACCACUUAUAAUGUCUACUUGGUGCCUCUCCUGUUUUUUCAUAAGCACAUCAACAAAUCCUUGGCUCCGCGCUUUAUUUCCACAUGUGCAGUCGAGAAUUGGAAAGUACGAAAACGAGGAUAAAAAAAUCCUGUGUCUCGCGGCUUCAGAUUUUUACUCGGAGCUGACCAACGAGUCCCAAAAAGAGACUUUCAUUAAAACGUUCGAGGAUGCAGCAAAGACUCCCGGAACUCCAUUUGCAGACAUCCUCGCAUCCUUUUGAAGAGCCUCUUUUUACGCCCUCGUUUAUAUAGAUAUAGAUACAUCCACCUCGACCAUCCCCCCUAGAUUGCUUCUGCAGCCCGGCUUAUACCGAAAAAAAGUUAUACGACUGUAUAUUUGUUAAAAGAGGUCUGUUUGGAAGUGGAUGUAUAUAUGUAUUAUUGUAUAUAUGUAUUACUAUACAUAUAUACAGUAUAUAUCGUCUAUAUGUAUUACUGUACUACGUUGAAUAAUUGUAUAUGCAAAUACUGUC